UACGGUUCACGAUAACUCAGACCAACGAUCGGCGGACAAGAAGCUGUUAGUGUUGUCGGAUUCAAAUGAUCAGCUGUUUCUGGACGAACUCAAGCGACACCCGAGUUUACUAGAGUUGUGGAACGUGAUGUUUUUGGUAUCGAAUCGAUAUACUGAUUCUGUGGAUGCAUACAGAGGUAGUGUGUCCAACAAUGGAACCAGAAGCAUACUGCAUGUUGAAAUUGAACGAACAGAAGGUCCUGAUUGCUUCCAAGAACUCGACAAUAUGAAUGGCGUUCCCAUCCACCUCUCCCUUCUUAUGUAUCCUCCUUAUUCGUACUACGAGGAAACCGUUACGGAGAAGUCUAAUGCUCGCUACCAUGCUUCGUUCAAAGAGGAUACACCACUGUUCCUGGAUGGAACUGAAGUGACUUUGAUCUUAGAAUUCUGUCACAAGUACAACUGUUCUGUAGAAGUUUCCGUCGAUGAAGUAUCUUUAUGGGGAGAAGUAUUCGAUAAUCGAACAGGAACUGGAAUUCUAGGUUCAAUAGUUGAGCGCCGUGCCGACAUUGCCGUAUCGGCAAUAUACUACCUAUCUGCAAUGUUCAAGCUUGCCACUUAUACGCAUCCAUUUAGUCGUUCAGGAGUCACAGUUCUUGUGCCGAAGCCUCUCGAGCAGCCACCCUGGCGAACACCGUUUCUAUCUUUUAGUCUCCAUUUGUGGGCAGCUGUAAUCGUCACUUUCUGCUUGGGAGUGUUGGCCAUAUGGUCGAUAGGGAGAGGACGUUUCCGGAUAUUGCAACACGAUGAAAAACCGGUGACAUUAAGUGAUUCAACGAUGACGAUGAUUGGCUUGUACGUGGAGCAAAAUUCUAUAAUUCAAACAGAUUUGUUGUCCUCCACCAUACUUUUCAUCUCGUUGAUGUUGGCUGGGUUUAUUAUAGGCAAUGCAUAUAAUGGUGGCUUGGCAGGUGUAAUGACCAUACCACAGUAUGAAUAUUCAAUCGAUACUACUGUGGACUUGGCCAACACUGGAAUGAAGUGGGGUGCAACUGCGGAUCCAUGGUUGAUUCCCAUUGAGAAUGCAGAACAGCCAUAUAUGAAGAAACUGGUAUCUACCUACCGGGUGGUGGACGAUGAGUUCAUGGUUAAACAUACAAAAAUGCACGACAUGGGCUUCGUUGGCGAACGAACAGAAUUUCAGCAUUUCGUUCCAGCGGAUUUUGUCGACAAUGAAGCAUCUACUAUGCUACAAUUGCUGAAGGACGAUCUCUACUGGGCAAGUGCAGCAGCGGUUGUUACCAAAACAUGUCCGUUUAAACAAAAACUGAACGAUUUCAUCAUGCAAAUCAAACAAUCUGGCCUUCAAUACUUUUGGGAACUACAGGCAUCCUACAAAUACUUGAACGGGUCAACCCAGAUUGCCAUUUUGAAUGCUCGAUCUGCCAAAUCAAAAUCGAGGAAAGACGCGAUAAAGCUUACCGUUUCACACUGUUUGGGAGCGUACAUGAUUUUGGCCAUUGGACAUGGGUUGGCUUCAAUGGUAUUUUUUUCGGAGAUUUUUCACAUCCAUUUAAAUAACGUAGCAUCACAAUGGAAGAAAAUUGUGAUAUUAUAUUUGAGAUGUCUUUGUAAUGCGAUUAGAAAGCUCAUACAAUUUUUAACAAGAAUGUGUAAAUGA